CUCAACAGGAACAAACUUCUUCCGCACCUUCAUAUACAGAAAGAAGCUUAGCAAUCAAUAUGGCCUCUUCCCAGUUCUUCAUAAUUCUUGCCAUUCUAGCAAUUGCUACCCCUUCAAUUUUGGCCACAGAUUUUAUAGUUGGUGAUGACAAAGGUUGGACCAAUACUGUUGACUACCAAGCUUGGGCUCAGGGAAAGCUCUUCUAUGUUGGUGAUAACCUCGUAUUUAACUACCCAGAAGGAGCUCACAAUGUGCUUAGGGUGAACGGAACUGGGUUUCAAGAAUGUGCAGCUCCUGCAGGCACUGUGGCAUUAACAAGUGGACAGGAUGUGAUAAACCUAGCAACUCCAGGAAGAAAAUGGUACAUUUGUGGUGUUGCUAGACACUGUGAAGUUGGACCUCAGAAGCUAUUUAUAACUGUUAUGCCAACUUCGUAUGCUCCCAGUCCAAGCCCCACUACCUCUGCAGCAACAACGAGUGUAACCGGAGCAAGAUAUGGGUGGAUCAUCGUUGCUAUUGGUACCAUAAUGGGGAUACUCAUGGCUUGAA